AUGAUCGCCAAAAUAACUGCCCUCGUCGCUCUUGCGGCUCUGGCCACGGCCAAUGGGAAGCAUGGCGGUGCUUGCACUAUCAAGACCAUCACGCCCACCACGACCAAGCCUCCCACAACCAGGCCGACAACCUCGACGACCAAGGACGACUGCAGCACCCGCACCGUCUGUCUCGACUACGUCAACGAAUGUGGUAUCUGGUAUGGCGGAUGCGUGCCUGACUGCAAGCCGUGGCCGACCUUUUCCAAGCCUCCUUGCCCUUCCACGACGACAACCACCACCAAACCCCCCACGUCCACGCCUACUCAGGACAACUGCAGUACCCGGACCAUCUGCCUGGACUACGUGAAUGAGUGCGGCAUGAUGUAUGGCGGAUGCGUGCCUGAUUGCAAGCCCUGGCCAACCUUUUCCAAGCCGCCUUGCCCGACAACCACAACGGCGCCCCCGACAACGACCACCACCAGUUCCGUGGACGACUGCCGCACGCGCACCAUCUGUAUUGACUACGUGAACGAGUGCGGCAUGAUGUACGGCGGCUGCAUCCCCGACUGCAAGCCCUGGCCGACCUUCUCGAAGCCUCCGUGCCCCUCGACGACGACUCUUCGCACGGUCGUUGCCACCAAGUAA